AUGAUCAUUGGUCAUUCCGAGGCACGAAUUGACUCAAAGAGGCACAGCUAUUGGCCACAGACAAUUGAAGACGAGGAACAGCAGCUGACCACCUGGUCGUCGUUGGCGGCGGCGUCUGACAACGGUAUCGCUUCCUGCCCGGAACCGCCACGCCACGGUUCAACAAAGUGCCGAAUGUUGAUCACAGCUCACGCACGAUUUGUUCAUAGUCGAAAACCGACUGCCGUUAAGACAUCAAGAGGUCAAGCACUGGUGGCCGUUGACAUCUCCGCGGUUCAUCGGCUGUCGCUAAAUAUACAAUUAAUAACACCUGAUUCGGAAAAACACUAG